GGUUUUGGCUUUUGGGUACUCAUUAUCGGCAAUGGAGGGAUUGCGGAAUUGGGUCCGUUCCUUCUCGAAGGAUACAAAAUCAGUGUCUCCUCCUCUCUUGCACGAAAUUUCCUACAACCUUGGCAGCGGAGGAAGAGGACCAGCUGGAGCGUCUUCCACUUUAUCUUCUGUUGAUAGCUCUCGUGUUUUGGUCACCAGGCCUCCCAGGCAAGUAGUCUCGCUAUGGACUUGUUCAAAACUCUGUGCAAUUUGCUUUGUUGCUGGAAUUGUCGUCGGUUACACUUUCAAGCGACGAGUCCGGAGCUGGGCUUUCAGGCUUCUCAAACGAUUGAAAGACGAUUAGUAACAUUAACCACUCAAAUCCU